AUGGCCGACGCCGCCGAAGCGGACGCGGAGGCCGUCCCGCGCCGCGGCCACGGAGGUGCUGCUCCUCGACCACGACGGCCACAACCACGAGGCGCUCGCCCGCGCCCGCGACCUCAUGCUCGCGCACCAGGACCUGGCGGUCACGCACCGCCUCCUGGGCGAACUCCACUACGCCGCCGCCGUCCGCGCAGCCCAUGGCGACGGCACCGCGGAUGCCAGGAAGGCCGCGGCGGCGCGCGCCUCCGCGUCGCCCGCGACGCGCUCGCCGCGGCGCGCCGCCUCGCCCCCGACUGCGUCGACAUCGCGGCCGCGCUCGGCGACGCCUUCGCGGCCUCCCGGAUGUUCAAGGAGGCCGAGGUCGAGUACCUCCGCGCGCGGCGCAUCCCGCAGCCUUCCGACCCGGCCCUCCACAACGCGUCCUACGGCAUGUUCGAGGGCUACGAGCACGAGCGCGACCCGGACUUCGCGAGCGAGAGGGUGGAGGAGGCCAGGGACCGGGCCCGCGCCUCCUACGCCCGCAUGACGGUCGAGGAGCUCGUCCCGAUCGCGAUCCACCGGGUGCUCGAAGCCGGCAGGCAGCUCGGCGCGGCGGACGGGCGCAAGCAGGCCAAGCUCGUCGCCGAGACCUUCCCCAACCUGGGGCGCGCGCAGUACCUCGCCGCGUACAUGGACCUGGAGUUCGUGCGCAGCCUCGACGCGGCCAUUGACAAGCGCCCGUUCCUGCGCCGCACCCUCGUCAUCACCGAGCGCGCCGCGCGGGACUACCCCAAAUCUGCCGUCAUCGCCUCCUUCCACGCGAAGCUCCUCUUCGUCCUGGGUGAGUACGACGCGGCCGAGACGGAGUGCCGCCGCGCGCUGGAGAUGGAGCCCGAUGACCCGCAGCAAGACUGCAUCCCGGUUGGGUCAAUCAGCGGGGACAACCGUGGCACCAGGCUGGUUUCGCUGGCCUGCGAGUUCCAUGAGCUGAUCAACAAGAUCCUGAUUCUGGCCAGCGAUUACUGGGACUCUAUGAGCACUGAGUGGCAGCGUAACAGCUUCCUACAGGUCAGGUUCGAUGUGCUGCAGGAUGAGUACCUCAAGGUUGAUCGGUCGUAUGCGUUCACCAUGUCUGAUGUGCGGAGCUUUGUCAAGGAGCACAAGUCCUGGAGCAGGCACCCAAGGGCAGUCCUGCCACGGCUUCAGUCAGUAUUGGAUCAGAAACUGAGUGAUGAAGCAUUGGAGAGUGAUGAUUCUCUGGAUGGGGUGACAUUUUGUGAAGAUUCAGAACAGCAAGACAUGGUGAUAUGCUUCAAUAAGAGCAGCGAGGUAUUCAAAUGGUUGUUCUAUGCACCUUCAAGUGGAGUACGGCCAAAGCCAUUUCCUGAAAUACGAGAAAAGAAGUGUGAGAAAGGACGUAUGCUGCUUGAAAGCAUAAAGGACAAAAUGAAGACUCUACCUGCAGAUAGAUCUACUACUGAGUUCGCCAAGGCUAUUCCUGAAAUCCAGGAGGGGUGGCAUAAGUUUCUCAAAUCUUCUGUAUUGGAUUAUCGAGAAGCCAUUCUUGAACUUGCAAGAUCAUUCCUAUGGAGAGAAUUAAAGAAAUGCAUGACUGAAGAUCCAGAACUCGCUUCUAAGUCGAUCAGUGCUGCUGAUAUUGAUGCCAUAUUCACCAAAGAACUUGUUAAUCCUGCCAGCAAUGCUGUUGAGUCUUGCCAAACAGAGGGUGCUCUAAUGGUCAGUGGAAAUCGUCAAGAAAGUAAUGUUCAUGACGAAGGGGAGAGUUCUGAGAACCCGAGAAAGAAUACAGAAUCGCCAGAUCCGGCAAUCAGUGUGGUAGAAAGUGAGACUGACCUUGCUGCAAAAUUGGAAAGUGAGGUUCAUGUUGAACACGAGAGUUCUGAUUCCCCAGCAAGCAGGAAUGACCUAGAUGAAAAGACUGACCCAAAGCUCAGUGAUAAUAAUAAGGAAAGCGGUGUUGAGCUUGAAGGAGAGACUUCUAAGGCCACUGUUACCGGCGCAGAGUCGUCAGGUCAACCUACCAACACGGCGGAGGGAGGGAGUGACCUUGACACAAAGCUGGAGAAGUUGCAGAUUGGUCCAGGCUCUGACAGAUGGAUUGUGGAUUCUGAUGCUGGUUCAAGUGGCCGAGAUGGUGGUGGUCAGCACCAGCAGGAGUGA